AUGGUCAAGGCGGCUUUGGUGAAGUGUGACAGUGGCUGGUUUCAUGCGGAGGCGUGGUUAGGACGUGAGCUUAACACGCUCAAGAUCGAGGGUUCGAUCCCGUCCUCCGAUAUUUGA